UAUACUUAAGCCUGUUUUGCUGUAAAAUUACUUAGCAAUGUUGUAAGCCGUCAAUGCAUAAUGCUGUUGGUACCUACGAUACUGUUAAUCAGCGCCUGGUCUCUGCUAGUCAGCGCAGAUAGUUGUCCACCCUCUGAGGCGAUACUGCCCUGUCGCUGCUCGCUGCGUGGCAAAGAGAUACAAAUAUGGUGCUCCCACAGCAAUCUGCCGCAGAUUAUGGACGGCUUAAAGUCCGUGGAGCGCAAUAUCAAAAGUAAAAUCGAUGAGCUGGUGCUGGAGAACAAUCAGCUGCCGGCGCUGCCCGGACGCUUCUUUGGCAAUCUGCAGGUGGUGCGUCUGAUGUUGCGCUACAAUAGCAUCGAGCGUGUGUCCAAUGGCUGGCUGAACGAGCUGGAGAACAGUCUGGUGGAGAUAUUCAUAGUGGAGCCACAGCUGCGCAGCAUUCCUGUGGAGAGUCUGAACGGCAUGAUUAAUAUGCUGGCCAUAACGAUACAAAGCGAUGAGCUCAAGCAUUUGCCAGACUUUUCGGGGCUGUUGAGCUUGACCUAUCUGAGUGUUCAGAGCGCUUCGUUGACAACACUGCCGGUGCACAGCUUUCGGCAUCUGCCCAAGCUGCAGCAUAUACAUAUCCAAGGUGGCUCGGGUCUUACGCGCUUGGAGGCGGGUCUCUUUGAUGGUUUGAUCUCUCUCAAGAAUCUGGAUCUCAGUCGCAAUGCGCUCAACUGGAUUCAUCUGCGUGCGCUGUCCAGGCUGCCCAACUUGCUGAGCCUCAAGCUGAGCUACAAUCAAAUCAGCGAUGUGGGCAUGAUUGGGCGCAUUGUCAAGGAUCUGGAGCAUCUGAAGAAACUGCGCCUGGAUCACAAUGCCAUCAACAUCAUCGAAGAUGGCUCCUUUGUGGAUCUGCCUAACCUAAGUGAGCUGCAUUUGAAUGAUAAUCGCAUUACGGAGCUGCAAUACGGCGCCUUCCUGCGCACGCCGCAGCUCAAGACAAUUUAUUUGCACAACAAUUUGAUACGGCGCAUACAUCCGGAGUCGCUGCUGCAGGCUUCGGGCAGCGGCGUCGAGUCCGUGCAUAUUUACAACAAUGAGAUUGCUCAUGUGGAGGCACUGCGUGCGCUGCUGGAUGCGCUGCCGACGCUGCGGUUUCUGGACAUGUCCAGCAAUCUGCUGCAUGAGCUGCCCUAUGGCGCGCUGCGUGGUCAUGGCACGCUGGAGCAACUGCAUCUGAACAACAAUCAGCUGCGUUUGAUUGAACGUGAUGCGCUGAUGGCCAUGCCCGCCUUGCGGGAGCUGCGCAUGCGCAACAAUAGUUUGAGCUCGGAGCUGCCGCUGCCCUUUUGGAAUCUGCCAGGUCUGAAGGGUCUGGAUCUGGCGCAGAAUCAAUUUGUGCGCGUGGAUUCGCAGCUGCUGGCGGGCUUGCCUUCGCUGCGUCGUCUCGAUCUCAGCGAGAAUGGACUGAGCGAGCUGGCUGCCAAUAGCUUUCGCCACAACAGUCUGCUGGAGACGCUCAACAUCUCGUACAAUGCCUUGAAUCACAUACAGCCCGGCACGUUUAAGCACUUGGAGCGCCUGUUUGAAGUGGAUGCCAGCUAUAAUCAGCUGAGCCAGGUCAUACCUGGACUGCCGCAGAUUGUGGAGCGCAUUUCGUUGCGUGGCAACCGCUUGAGCAGUUUGCCUGCAACCGGCAGCAAAGCGCUGCAGCUGCCCAAUCUGCGCAUGCUAGAUCUUAGCCAGAAUCGCUUGGAGCAGCUGCCACGACAUGGUUUUCAGUCAGCGCCCGAGCUGCGCGUGCUUAGUCUGGCGCAGAAUCAGUUGCGCCUGCUGGAGGACACCGCGUUCAUUGGCAUACAGCGCUUGGAGCUGCUGCAUUUGCAGGAUAAUCAGCUCAGCCAGGCGGAUGAGCGUGCGCUGCUGCCGCUGGCCGAGCUGCGCAAUCUUAAUUUGCAGUCCAACAAACUGGAGGCCAUUACGGAUAACUUCUUCUCCAACAACAGUCGACUGGAGCAGCUGGAUCUGUCCAGAAAUCUUAUACGCAGCAUUUCACCCACAGCCUUUGACAAUCAGCGCUCCUUGGAGUAUUUGGAUCUGUCCGGCAAUACGCUGCAGGACAUAUCAGUGGGUCUGGGAAAUUUGCGCAAUUUACGUGACAUUGAUCUCAGCUACAAUCAAAUCUCACGCGUGCAAUCCGAUGUCAUCAAUGCCUGGCGCAAUGUCGUCGAAAUACGGCUGUCCAAUAAUCUCAUAGCGGAACUCCAACAGGGCACGUUCAAGCAACUGCCCAAGCUGCAGUAUCUCGAUCUGAGUAGCAAUGAAAUCUCCAGCGUGCAGCCCGGUGCACUGCAGCAGCUCGAUGAGCUGCAGGAAUUCGUGCUGGCCGACAACAAGCUGGUGGAGCUUAAGGAUCAUGUGUUUGAGCAGCUGCCCACACUGCUGGCCUCGCAUUUUCAGUACAACAAACUGCGCUUCAUUUCCCCUGAGAGUUUCCACAAUGCCAACUCGCUGGUCUUUCUCAAUCUCUCCAACAAUCAGUUUCGCAAUUUAGAGAACACAGGCUUGCGCAGCAUGCGCAAUCUUGAAGUGCUCGAUCUGUCCACCAACGGGGUCAAGCUGGUGUCCACAAUGCCGCUCAAGUCGCUCAAUUGGCUGGUGGAGCUGAAAAUGGACAACAAUCAGAUAUGUAGAAUACAAGGCUCUCCAUUUGAAACCAUGCCCAGACUGCGAGUGCUCUCUAUGCGCAACAAUCAACUGCGCACCAUUAAAGAGCGCACUUUUCGUAAUUUAAGAGGGAACAUAGCCAUACUCGAUGUGGAUGGCAAUCCCAUUGACUGCAACUGUGAGAUGCAGUGGCUUUCUGUCUGGCUGCAGGAGACCAAUUUUCCGUAUGGUCCUGGUCCAAAAUGCCAGGAUGGUCGUCUGCUGCGUGCUGCACGCAUGGAGCGCAGCCUGUGCGCUGGCUUGGAUCUCUACCAGGGUGAGGGCAACAAUGAGCGCAUUGCCGGCAAUCAAUUGCCGCUGCUCAAUGAGCAUGGCGAUGUGUUUCAACGUGAUCUGCCCGAGGAAUUCAAUGAUGAGUGCGAAGCAGGCGAGCGUCCCAUGGUGAGCGAAAGCGAAUACUUUUACGAUCAGUAUGUGGACUCUACAGAUGCGCCGGAGUCCAGCAAUGUGGUAGUCAGCAGCUCACAACGUCCCAAAGCGACGCCACCGCCAAUAGAUCCGAACAACACUUUGCUGCACACCAAGUACUUCAACAGACGCCCACAGCCGCCGGCAGGAGCGGGCUCGCCCUUUACCUUCUUUGGUUAUCCCAUACCCAGUUUGAGCUUGGGCCGCUUCUUUGGCUUUGGCGAGCGCGGACGCAAACAGCGCACAGAUCAGUCGGAUGAAAUGCCUGCCACGCAUCGCAUGGCGCAUAUCAAUCUGCCCACAGGGCGUGGCAAAACGCGCAUGUAUCAACCCAACAGCGCCGAGUUUGAAAAGUAUUUGCAGCAACAGCGAAAGAUAGACGCAAGUACGAGUAGCUCCGUGGAGGAGGCGUCGUUGAGCAAUGAGAGUGUUGGCGUUCUCGGUGGUGGGGCCACCAGCACAGUAGGCGUAUUUCGCACCACCUUUCGGGAACCGGCGAGCAUUGAGCGUGGCGGCUUUCGGCCUAUUGUGCCCGCCCAUGUGGGCGGUUUUAUGCCAGUGCAUGAUCCGCAGCAACGUCGCGGUCUGGUGGAGCCGGUGAACGUGACCAGCAGCAAGCCGCAUCCAGAGCGACACUUUGUGCCCGUUGCAGUGCGGCAGGAGCAUGUGGAAGCGUCGCCUAGACCACAGCCAACAAGCAGCGCUGAGAGCCAAGAGACAGCCACGUACUAUGUGACCGAAACCACGCCGGAUGUAACCACACAGAUGCCCAUUAUGCGCAAUACGAAGCCCAUGACUACAGCGAGUAGCAGAGCAACGUCAACUACGACUACGACCGUUGCCAGCAUCAGCAAAAGCAGCGAGCAGCAGCUUGAGGAUUCACAAUACGACGAUGAAGAUCUGGAAGCACAGUCCGUAACACUGCUGCGGCCACCCAAGCUGCCGCAAUCAACCACAGCGGAGACCAUUUUAUUAAUACCGCCGCCAGAAGAACAUGAAGCGCAAAUCAAAAGUCAAUCCUGGCUAUCCAGCACCACGCCUUUAGUACCCAAUGACUACCAGCUGACGCCAAGCACUCCUCGAGCUGCUGCUGCUGCGCGUCCAGCUGGCGGACGUUCAACCAUUACCAAAGUAUACACGCCACAUCAGCAGCUGGCGCAGCCCACUGCAGAGGAAUAUCAGCGCACCACGCCCAGCGCUGACAACGAGAGCUUCGCCAGCGAGCAAAUAACCAGGCAGGCGCAGAAACGCACGGAUACGGAGCCAGUGCCUGCCGAGCGUAAAGAUGGCAUGGACUGGUAUUAUGAGAGCUUUAAAAAGAAACGCGACUUUACAGACCGUAGUCCAACGGUGCAUGCAGCUCCAGCGCACAAGGAGGUGCUCUAUGGCCAAGUGGCGCCCGAAUUCAGUGGCAGCCACAGUUGGCAACAGUUGAAUAAAAAGGAAGUAAUCUUUCUUUUGUUGUGGCUACUUUGGAAUUGUUAA